AUGGAGCUUGCUAUUGACGAGCUUGAAGAGAAAAAUGAGCACAAAAUUGACGUGGCACAACUCAAGCAGUAUGGUAUUGUCCACCAGCGCAUGACUCUUGAUAGAGGAGAUACAGCCCGCAAGCCUUUCUUCUUCGCGCCACACCCCAGCAUUCUGGAACCCAGUGAGGAGACCGAUGAUGAACUCCGCUCGACUUUGGCGUUUGAGGACACCUGUUUCAAUGAGCCUGUCGACCGGUCCCGUCAAGUUGCAGGCCCUUGGUCGUAUUAUAUUCCCCACGACCGGGAUGAUCCUGUUUACGAUUACAGACCUUACAAAGACUUGUAUAAGCAUGAUGACCCUGAAUUUGGGGCUUUCGGGAUGACAGAUAUUCUGGGGAAAGACUUCCCUCACACCAAGACCACCAUGUACAACGGCCUGGACGCGACAGACGAGAUAAUCCUUCGUGGGGAGCUCUUGACUAUUCUCCGCGUGAUGCUGGGCCAGCUAAGGAAAGUACGCCUCCAUCAUAAGAAAGCACCGGUCUUUCUGGUCUCAUUUGCGGGUAAACGUGCCCGCGCUUUUGAGGCCUACUCCAACGGUGAGACCCUCUUCCUACGUACUACUAAGCUCUACAAUUUUCCCGAGGAAACCUCGGUCGCAUACAAAGACCUUGCAGAGUGGAUUGCCAGCUCGCCGACAGGGGAUACCUCCUAG